UUAACUUCUCUGUCUUCUUGCUGUGAUUCUGUGAAUUCGUCUCUCUCUCAUCGCCCCAAAUCCGAGUUCUCGACCUCUAUGAUUAGUAUAUUAACUCUUCAAUCACAGAGUUGUACAUUUCUCUAUCUCUCUCUGAUCAGUAUAUUCCCUCGCUCUUACAGUGUCGCCGGCAAUUUCAGAUCUGUCUGUUCUUGUAAUUAAGCUUUGUUGAGAAUGGAGACUUUGAUUGCAUCCCUUCUUUCGGGUUUUGGUCAAGUUCUAGACAAACUGCUUGGCUCUCCUCUCGACUUUCUUACUGGAAAAUCCUGCAGCACAUCAUGCGGGUCAACAUGGGAUUUCCUAUGUUACAUCGAACAUUUCUGCGUUGCACAUCUGUUCAAAAUGGCCAUGGUGUCAAUUCUCUUCUACUUCGUUCUCUUGUUCUUCUACUCCUUGUUCAAAUUGGGUAUUUGUCAAUGUGUUGGCCGGAGCCUUUGCAAACUAGUAUGGGCAGCCUUCGCUUCAUGCUUCUCCCUAGUUGAGUGUUCUUGCAGAUUCUUGUGCUAUAAGCUGCCGAGGCUCAAACGUAAACAUAGAAGGCCCAGAAGGGAUAUCGAAGAGUUUGAUAUAUGUAGCAGUAGUAGUGAUGGAAGGGGAGAAGAAGAAGAUGGAAGUGUUUCAUGCGAUCGGGUACCAAGAGAAACAGAUUACAGUAGAUCUAUGUCUCGUCGUUGGAAAGACUACAGAGGCGAUCACUUGAGAAGAUCAUUGCGACCUCGGAGCCAUAGAGUUCGAGUGGGGGCUAGAGGGGGUUCAGUUCAUGCGAAGAAGAGAGAAGUUAAUGAGAUUAGAGUGGUUAGAACUCCCAAAUUUGCACAAAAAACUUCCAGUCAGAGAAGGCUAAGACAUAAGAAAAGAAGGAAGUGA